CUGGAUGCAGCGGCAUUGAGCUCCAUGCAAUUUACAUACUACACACCUGGAUGCCUCCGGCGCAACCCUGCAGCGUCCACUCCUGCGACCUUGCAGAUAUUCUCCGUCAAGCUCGCGGAAAUAGCUGGUGGCCUCGGAUGGCCCUUGUCCGUGUAUGGUGUGGUUGCUGUCCGAGAUGUCGUGGAUCACAACCGCAACUUUCUCUUCUCCUGUGAUAGGGACAAUUCUCAAGAACUAACACAAAAUGAUCCUUUUCUGCGCUUGAUUGGCCCGUCUCGUGCUGUUGUGUAUACAGACAUGGUCCACUUUGAAAUCCAAUUAAAAGUAAAAGGUACAACCAAGUCUCAAGAUGUGGCAUUGAUCACUGAAGGGUGCGAUUACCACGAACCAUUUGGUGAUGGUCCAUCUACCUUUUGCUUCAAGAAUUGUUUCUGCACUAUGGAGUUAUGCAUGCAGGUUGUUAGAAUUACGACCCAGGCCACUAUCUUGGGUGUCCAGGUUGUCGGAGGUGGGCAAUGGCCUUUUGAAUAUGGUGCCCGAGUUACUUGCUCUGCACUACCUGGGAAAUGGGUGGUCACUGAUAAUCGACUCACUUGUGUUACUUAUCCCGCAUCUGGGGAAAUUGUGAUGGUUGAUUCAAAAGAUGGAGCAAUGCUGGGAGGUUCUGAUGGUUACCUACAUCUUCCAAGAAAUGUUAUUUCUGUAGAAACCCAAGGAAGGUUGGAUGUGAAGAUACAAGCCUACUCCAAAUCUGGUGAAAUUGCUGCGCACGAGAAUAUCAGGUUCCAGCCCAAGUUUAGCAAGAUAAGCCUGGGAAAAUGUUUCAUUCGUGGCAUUGCGGUGGUGAUUACCGUUGCAUGGUCCCGUGUUGCUAUGGACAAACGUAGACUUAUGGCUCUAGGGAGAUUGGCUUGCGGCUGAUG